AUGACUUCUACUUCCAAUGUGCAAGCAUCAAUACAAAAGACCAUGGUAUGGCGAUAUUUUAAACCUUCAAUUGAAGAAUUCAGAAAAAAAAGGCCAAAUACCGUCUAUAUCCAGACAACAAAGACAGUUAGUUCUGAAGAUUUUACUGUUGCAAUUCCUCAAUUAAGUGAACAUAUUUUUAGAGAAGUAUUGGUUAAAGGAAUUGUAAUCGAUAACCUUCUAUUUACCACUGUUGAAUCAGAAAGCUUUC